UGGAAGUGUUGUAUUUUGCGAAGAGCGCCGACAUAACAGGCAUUCGCUCCGAGACCAUUUCUGUGCCCCAGGAAAUAAAAGCCUUGCAGCUGUGGAACGAGAUAGAAGCGCGACACCCCGGGUUGGCGGAUGUCCGAGACCAGGUGAUACUGGCCGUGCGUCAGGAGUAUGUCGAGCUGGGAGAGCAGCUCCUCCUGCUUCAGCCAGGGGACGAAGUGGCCGUCAUCCCCCCCAUUAGUGGAGGGUAGUGCUCGGGAGCCCCCCGAGGACGCGAGGAACGAUAUGAGUGAAGUUGAAGAGAAAUCUAAAGACAUAAUAAAAUUCACCACUGAGAAACUUUCUAUAGAGGAAGCCUCGCGGGCAGUGACAUCUCCACGCUGUGGCGCCAUAUCCCUGUUCGUAGGGACCACAAGAAAUAACUUUGAAGGGAAAAAAGUCAUUAGCUUAGAAUACGAAGCCUACAUCCCAAUGGCGGAAAACGAAGUCCGGAGGAUCUGCAGGGACAUCAGGCAGCAGUGGCCGGUCAGACACAUCGUGGUGUUCCACAGACUCGGCUUAGUUCCCGUGUCGGAAGCCAGCGUGGUCAUUGCUGUGUCGUCAGCCCGCAGGGCCGCGUCCCUCGAGGCCGUGAGCUACGCCAUCGACACUUUGAAAGCCAAGGUGCCCAUAUGGAAAAAGGAAAUGUAUGAAGAAUCGUCAUCAUCUUGGAAGAGAAACAAAGAGUGCUUUUGGGCCACCACCGAGUAAAUCACUCACGUGUUUGGAGUGCCAACAUUUAAAUUGCAUCAACUUUGAUGACGCUUUGAUUUUUCUUCUGCAGAAGCUGAGAGAGUUUAGUGGGAGGACUUAACACUGGAACAAGGGACAGAGGAAGGGCUUCCAGGGACAAAAUGGAAGAAUACGUUCAAUGUGAGGGACGGGUCAGCAGCAGGCAGACUGUCCCGUGGCCAGGUUCUCAUUGUCACAGGACUUGCUGCCUUGCCGCGCCCUCCUGCUGAGCUCCUCUCCCUCAGCACCCGCCCCCACCCCUCCCGUCCCAUGAUGUCAUUGUUAUCAGGAAGUGUCACAGGACGGUGGCAGAACUGGAAGGUGUACAGAGUCAUUAUCGGACAGUCUUGAUAUAUUUUUAGAAUUUCUAUAUUUAAAAAAAUAAACAAAAUAAACACAUGAUUAAAAACGUUUAAUACAA